AGUGGCUGUUCCGAGGAGGCAGGCAGCGGGGCUCGGCUCUCAGACUGAAGCAGACAAAGGCAAGGGGAGAGACGGCGUGCCGCUAUCCUGCUGCAUAGACUCGCUACUCUCUCACAUCCAGCUCCCCUCCCUCUCUCUCUCUCUCUCUCUUACACACACACACACACACACCCUUCCUUCACUCCGGCUGCGACGCAGGGUUUCCAGUAACUGCUCCGCCCAACAUCACAUCCUACACAACCACCACAGCCAUCAUGGAGCUGGACUUUGGGCAUUUCGACGAGAGGGACAAGGCGUCCCGUAACCCGCGGGGUGGACGGAUGAACGGACUCCCCAGCCCCACGCACAGCGCCCACUGCAGUUUCUACCGCACGCGCACCCUGCAGGCUCUCACCAACGAGAAGAAGGCCAAAAAGGUGCGCUUCUACCGCAACGGGGACCGAUACUUCAAGGGCAUCGUGUACGCCGUGGCCAACGACAGGUUUCGCACCUUCGACUCUCUCCUGGCCGACCUCACGCGCUCCCUCUCUGACCACAUCAACCUGCCUCAGGGGGUCCGCUUCAUCUUCACCAUCGACGGAUCGCGCAAGAUCACAACCUUGGACGAGCUGGAGGAAGGGGAAAGCUAUGUUUGUGCAUCAGAGAACUUCUACAAGAAAGUCGAUUACACGAAGAACGUCAAUCCCAACUGGUCUGUGAACGUGAAGGCCUCCGCGAGCCAGAAGAACAUGCAGUCUUUGGCUGCAAAGGCUGCCGGCGACUCCCGAGAGGGCAAAGACUUUGUCCGGCCCAAGCUCGUUACGGUGAUGCGCAGCGGCGUCAAGCCACGCAAAGCCGUCCGCGUCCUCCUCAACAAGAAGACGGCGCACUCCUUCGAGCAGGUGCUCACCGACAUCACGGAAGCCAUCAAGCUCGAAAGCGGAGUGGUGAAGAGGAUCUACACGCUCGACGGCAAGCAGGUUACCUGCCUUCAGGACUUCUUUGGUGAUGACGAUGUCUUCAUUGCCUGUGGACCAGAGAAAUUCCGCUACGCACAGGACGACUUCUCACUGGAUGAGAAUGAAUGCAGGCUGAUGAAGGGAGCCAAAGCCCAGCGUGGUUCGGUAAAGAGUCCCGGUCCGAUCAAGCGCUGCAAGUCUCCUGCCGACUCGACCAACGGGACCGGCUCCAGCAGUCAAAUCUCCACCCCGAUAUCCAAGCAUUCCCCCACCUCCACCCCCACCAGUCCGGGCUUGAACAACAAGCAGAAGGAUCUCUACCUGCCCUUGUCUCUGGAAGAUGAGGACUCUCUCGGCGAAUCGAUGUAGACUUUCUUCCUGCAGCCGGCCUCGGUUUUGGCCUGAAACACAGAAGUUUUAUACGUCUGCUGCUUUCCACCUUCGCUCACAGUGCCACCUGUCGAGGAGAACCACUCUGUCUCUCUUUUUUUUUUUUUUUUUUAGGGCCUUUGACACCAUUUGCUGCUUGAGAAGAACAAACUGUAGUUAAAUUCAGUCUUGUCAGCUCACUAAUGUUCAGACACUUGUUCGCUGUUAUGAAUUUUGAUUGUGUGAGUGUGUGUGUGGGGAAAGGGGGGGAACAACACAAUUUUUGUUUUAAACAUGUCGAUAAAGGGGUGCACUCCUAAUUUCAGAAUUCCAAGCAGCAAAUGGGAAUUUUCAGCCACAUGUUACACAAUGUUUAUUUUUUUUUAAUCCACUUUUUGUGACUGUCCUGCUGUCCCUCCGUCCAACAGUUGAAGGUGUGAAUGUUGCCGGUUCCUUGUCGUCGGAGGGUCUGCUAAGCCAGAUAGGGGGUCUUUCUAAAUCUGCUGUAAAUACUGUGUACAGCCAUCCGUCCGCCAUAACCUCUCUGCUCAGUGUCCGUUGCUGUGCUUCCAUUACGUCGCUACAAUGUCUAACCUUCGCUCAACAUGUAACAGGGUUACGGGGGUCAAAGUCGAGGGGGGGAAAAAACGCCAAACUGGGAAAGCGAGGAUAGUUUAAAUACGCGGUGAGCAGUGAGACUUUAACACAAUGUGCAAUGGAAAUUAUCGGCAUGCGCUUUGCCCAGUCAGACCGAAGCGUGAGCGCCACAGGCAGCGCGUCCGUCACCUCUUCUACUUUGACCCGUCACAUAAACAGUAGGCUAUAAGUGGUUCUUACCCUCUGUGUUUUCACAAGAUGCAGUGCAUGAUGUUAACUUGUAUGAAACCUUUUUUAUAUCAAAAAGCUGGUUCCUUUUGUCUCUGUGUUUAAUAAAGGACCUAAUGGUACAUAAAAACAACCAAAGCCAAAUCAAGUAGGCCCAGAAUACAGUUUUUACUCUGAGAGUUGAUCAAUCCCCCCCUUAGGCCAGUUUCUUUCUUUCUUUUUUUUUUUUUUUUUUAAUGACCGCAACUUGUGGUGAUAUAAACAAUAAACGGUGCUGUGCAAAAAUAUUAAAAUGUCUUAAACUUUUCCCCUUAUUGUCGUGUUACAGCCACAAACGUCAAUUAUUGCUCAGACUGGACGGAGAGCAUCUGUAGACAUUAAUAUUCAAAUUACAGAUAAAUUAGAUCUAGAGCUGUAAUUUGACUGAGGCUAUUCUAGCAGAUAAGACAUGAUUUAAUCCACACCACUCUAUUGCAGUUCUGGCUUUAUGCUCAGGAUUGCCCUUUUGGAAAAUGCAGCCUAUUACAUGAUUUUUAUCUCCACCCACUUUAACCACCAACUCUGACAAAGCUUUCCUGGAUGCUGAAAGCAAAGCAUCCCCACGCCAUACUGCUGCCAACACCAUGUUUUGGGGUGGAGAGUUGUGAUUUUUAGGUGUACGUACUCUGGUUUACUAAUUGGGUCUCUCCUGGAGCCAAUUGGUUGCACAUAUUUUUUUUUGUUUCUCUUAUUUAGUGGCAUUAGAAUAAAGGGUGCUGCAUAGUGCACACCGCUCUUCAGAUUAUAACUUGUAAAAAAAUGUUAAACACGCUAAGAAAAAACUUUUUUUUGUUUUUAAAUAUAGGUUACUGCUAAUUUGUGUAGGUCCAGUGCAAAAUAAAAUGAACUAAAAUUGUGUGGUUGUUGCGUGACAGAACACGGAAAGGUUCAAGCAGCAUGAAUGCUUUUGCCAGGCAACCAUAGCUGGUGAAAUAAGCCUCAAAGCCAAAGUGUUAUUUUUGACCAAGAAUAAAAGAAAACCUGGGGGAAUGUCACUUUCCGGUUGUUGUGAAAUAUUCUGCAGAGAGCACACACGGGGCGUAUGCAUGUCACUUUUUUUAAAGGAUCAAGAAUAAAUCCGCAUCUAAAGCAGUCGGUCGCAUUAUGGCGCUAAACGGUAGUGGGAUUUCUCCUCUUUUUUUGCAUGGCUCGGCAUAGUUCAGGGAUCAUGGGAGGGUGAUGAAAAUAUCUCUUGUCUAAAUUUCAUGUGUGGGGUGUGAAAAUUUUUAUAAAGCUUAUUAAUUUAUAUUAAAGGUACCCAUGUAGGAUUUUUCCAUUUUCUUAGUUUUACUCACUCUGAACAAGGUUUUUUUUCACGCUUCUGUGUGCAAUCUUGUAUCUCCAUAUUCCUAUUUCUGUCGUCGCGACUUCUUUAUGGUGUGUCCACAAAAAUGUGGCGGCGGGGGGGAGUUUUUUAUUAGCAGGGAAUCGAGCCUGAGAAGUCUCUGAAUCGAACGACUGAAGCACAAAAGCAGGGAGCAACUAAUUCAUUAAGACGACAGAUUUUCACUGGCCAACCUCUCAAAAACGCUUAACCACCGAUUCUCAAUAGUCAUAAAAUGCUGCACCUGUAGCAUCCUCUCGAUUUUAAGAACUAUGCAUUUGGAUUCAAGAGUAGCCGAAGUUGUUCCAUUUGGUAGAAAUGGCCUUUUUAUGACAAUAAGAAGUGUAAUUUAGAAAGAAGCCUAAGGUGAUUUAUUUUCCUUUUUUUCUUCCAUCGGGUCAUUUCAUUGUGAUGAACCUUCUGUCUAAAAGCCGUGCGUCUUUUUAGAUGUGACGCCGCGUCCACCUGCUUGAAGAGCAUUUGUGCUGUUUUUUUAUUUUGUCAGUUACUCGAUGCUGAACACAAGCCAUCACAAUCUGGUGCUGUGAAACUCCACCUUUUUCUCCUGCAGGGAGCGCUGUUAUGCCAGCACAACAGCUAUUACUAUCAGCAGCAGGGACGCAUCCCCUUUUGACCACCAUUUUGUACCAAAAAAAAUGCAAAAAAAAAAACUAAAAAGAAAAAGAAAUCCUGUCUGUCUAAUGAUCACUUCUGUUAAACCUCACAUACUAAUGUUUCCUUCCAGCUUUUUACAUCUCUCAACAUAUUAAGCAGAAUAUGAUGUUUGUCUUGAAUGAAGCGGCUUCCACCAUCAAAGAUGGAUGGUGUGAUCCAUCGCCAUCAGUGGUGCCUUUUUUGUUUCUUUUUAGAUAACCGUCUUUUGAUAUGAAGAAGAAGAAAAAAAAAAAUCAAUAAAUGGGACGUAACAGGCUUGUUCUUUAGCAGCUAUUUGUAAUACGAUUUUUAAAUGUCUUAAAACGAGGAGGCCUCCGAUCACACUUUGUUUUGUAGAGAUACAGGACACUUUAUCAUGGUGUAAAUACUCUCCCUUCCUCUUCUUUCAUACGUACGCCUCUCUGAUCGAAUAACUUUUUUUUUUUUUCUUUCCCUCGCUCUCUGAAAUUUACACUGUCGUUUUUAGUGGUGUUUUUGCAAUGUUACAGUGGCUUGUUUCAGUGCUUCAUUCAAUGUAUUAACUGGUAUCCUUUUGCAAAUAAAACAUUGGUAUUUCA